CGCUUAAUCUUUAGCACCCGAAAGGGCUGCGCUUAGAUAUUCCAAUCUCAGCCAAGUGAGUCACUGAAGAAACCUAGAUACUUAGAUGGAUACUUAGAUGAAUACUUAAACAGGUGCGGAUUACUUGUAUUUACUGCCAGACAAACUUCAAUAAUUGAAUCAACAUUUAUAGCAUGAACGUUACUAUAAGACCUAUUAAGCCGGAGGAUAAGUCCGUUUGGAUUGACAUGUGGACUGGCAAGGAUGGUUAUAUUGAGUUUUAUAGAUCAAGCCACUUAAUUACUGAUGAGAUUACUCAAACUACGUUCAAGCGAUUUUUCGAUCAGGACGAACCGGUUUAUUCGAUUGUUGCAGUCAACAAUGAAACCAAUGAAAUCAUUGGUUUUGCAAAUUACUUAACUCAUCGUAAUACCUGGACCAUCGAAGAUGCUCUUUAUUUAAAUGACUUAUUCGUCAAACCAACCACCAGAUUGAAUGGAGUCGGUAGAAAGUUGAUUGAGUAUAUUUACAAUGAAGCCGACCGGUUGAACUGCAAGAAAUGCUAUUGGUCAACCCAAUUCGAGAACCACCGAGCUCAAUUGUUAUAUACCAAGAUUGGGGUUAAAAGUGGAUUUCUUCUUUAUAAAAGGCCCUGAAACCACCUCCGUACCCUUUAUAUAUCACGUGAAUGGUUUUUUUUUUGGAUUUAUUUUUCUCUUAAUAUACGAUUAGCUAACGUGGGUC